AUGGCAUCUUUUGAUAUCAAUACGACCGGCGAUGAUGUGCUCAAGCACUUCUCCAAGUACGCCGAGGGCAAAACAUUUGUCAUAACCGGCCCAAGUGAAAACGGCAUUGGCGCCGAUAAAGUCAUUUCAGUGAUUGAAGCUAUCAGAAAGAUCAACUCAGACAUUGAAGUCUCCUUUGUUGAAAUCGAUCUUCUCAACAACAAGAGCGUUCGACAAGCAGCAGAGAAGAUAAAGAUCUUGACAGAUAAGAUUGAUGUUCUUAUUAACAAUGCUGGUGUGAUGGCUGUAAAACACUAUGCUACAUCUGUCGAUGGAGUUGAAAGCCAAUUUGCGGCUAAUUAUCUUGGUCAUUUUCUUCUUACCAAUCUGCUAGUUAAGGAAAUAGUCGCUGCGGCUAAUAUGGGGGGGGCAAGAAUAGUGCAGGUUGGUAGUUUGGGAUAUCAGCUUGGAGAAACUAAUAUUGAGGACAUAAAUUUUAAGGAUGGGGAAACAUACAAUCCCUGGGUUGCUUACGGACAAGCGAAAACUGCUAUGAUACUGUUCAAUCUCGCUCUUGACAAACGAUUGAAGCAGAAAGGAGUUACGGCAUUGAUAUGCCAUCCUGGUGGUACGUCAAUUAUUACGCCGUUAACACUCGAGAGCAAGUUAUUGAUUAAUUCAAGUGUAGACAAUGACUCGUUUGCCGAUGCAUAUGUUUUGGCGAUUAAACGCAAUGAUGGAAAUCCUCUUCCCCCGCAAAAUAUGGUGACUUUGAAACAAGCAGCGGGAGUGGUUCUUUUCACGGCUUUGAACCCAUCUCUGACAGAGGCUGCACCAGCAUUCAUCGUCGAAAAUGAAAUUUACACAGAGACGAAGGAUUAUGCUCUCAAUAAGGAGACAGCCGAGGGCUUGUGGAAGCUCAGUGAGAAGCUUGUGGGGGAGACAUUUGUUUACUGA